AAAAAGGAAAAUAAUAAUAAUAAUACAUAAACCCUCCUAAACCCCCAAAACCUCAGGUGCCUGAAUUUCCUUCUUCUUCAGUCAUACACUCAUACCCACAUGUCUCGCUUCAGAGCCCUCUGUUCUCACCAUUUCCACGCACUCCCCAAAACCCCUCUUCACUCCACUCCAAUCCUUCAAAGACCCAUAUCAACAUCCCCGCAAUUUGAAGAUCAAAUCCCAGAGAACAAGACCCAGAAGGGGAAAAAGCCCCUGGUUGAUCUCUUCAAAGAAGCCGUGGGACUGCGCGAAAAACCCGAAAGCGAAAGCGAGGGAGAAGACAGAGAGUUGAAAAAGAGAUUGAGGGAAUUGGAGAGGGAGGUGAGGAGACUAAAAGCCAAUGCUGUGACUGAGAGCGAAACUCCAAAGAAGAAGAAGGAGCUGAAGAAAGAUGGGGUUUUGAAGGAGCAAACCAAGCCCAAGACCAGUAGCCUGUAUUCAUUGUUUUCAAAUGGGAAAAAUAGAGAUGGGAAACGUGGGGAAUCCGGUUCUCUAGAGAAGAAGGAAGAUGAAGAGGAGGAGCCAGUGGUUUUCAAAGACUUGUCAGAGGACAUGUUGCUGUUUGUUAGUCAUUUGCACAGGGAGGGCUACUUCAAGGAUGCUAAUUUCUUGCCAAGAAGUGGAUUGAUUUAUGGGGCUUUUGAUGAUAGCUAUUCUCGUGCCUAUAUAAAGUUUGCAGCAGAGAGAUUUGGCAAGGAUAACCAAGAAAUUGCCAAAUGGUUGUCAGGCAGUGACUUGAAAAAGGUGGCCCUCUUUGGUUGUCCUUCCCUAUCAAGAAAGAGUGUUUUUGCUGCCAAAAGAUUGCGCACUUUCUUCAGAAUUCAGGAAGAGUUAGUAUGUAGUAAAUGUGUCUUAAAGCAGUCAUGCAAGUUUGUGAAUCAGAGUGUAUGGAAAGGCGAUACCAAGAGUUUAAAUUUGUCAGUUGUAAUGAGACUUCUCACUCUGUAUGCCAUGGAGUCGAUGCCUCCACAGCUGGUACUGCCCGACGAGGUAAAAGCUUCAGUCGGUCGACUACUGAAGGAGGUCCUGAGACUGAGUGAAACUGUUGCAUGAGGUUACUUCAGGAUCCCACACAUUGAUGUUUCAGCUUGCAGGCACACAGAGACUUGUCUGAUUGCAGAAAUCUGGGUUAUGGGUCUUUUGAGUACUGGGUUUCUUCAUCUCACACUGAUGCUGGGAGCCUGAGGACUCAAGUUAUAUUCAUUAAUCAUGUAUGUCCUCUUAAUCAACUUCUCAGCAAAUUUUUUUUUUCAAACUUAAGGCAGUAGUGUUAUCUUGCGAAAUUUAUACAAAUGCAAAUUCUUUAACAGAAAA